AUGGAUGCAAGAGAAGAAAGCUUCAAAAUCUUCAUGCUUCCAUGGCUGGCCCACGGCCACAUAUCGCCCUUCAUAGAGCUCGCCAAGAGGCUUGUCGAGAGAAAAUUCCUUGUUUAUUUCUGCUCCACGCCUGUAAAUCUGGAAGCCAUUAAACCAAAUCUUCCCCAAACCUACUCUGCUUCGAUUCAUCUACUGGAAAUUCAUCUCGAUUCGACGCCGGAGCUUCCUCCUCAUCAUCACACAACCAAAGGCCUUCUGCCGCAUUUAAUGCCCAAACUCGAAGAUGCCUUUAAAAUGGCUUCCCCCAAUCUCGAAUCCGUCCUCAAAACCCUAAAUCCAGAUCUCCUCGUCGCCGACAUUCUCCUCCCAUGGAUUCUUCCCCUCUCUGCAUCGCUCAACAUUCCGAUGAUUUUUUUCAGCAUUUUCGGCGCCACGGCCAUCUCUUUCAUGUGCAAUCGAACAGCCUCCGACGAGCUUCGAUUUCCUGAACUUGAACUUCACGAAUGCUGGAAAUCAAAAUGCCCCUAUCUGUACAAGGACCACGCCGAAGGUCAAUCGUUCUUGAAAUACUUGGAUCUAGAUGAGGCCGGAAAAAUCAGAAGGGGGGAAGUCGCCGCCGGAAUCAAGAAGGUGGUGGUGGAAGAAACAGGGGAAGCUUUCAGAAAGAGAGCAGAAGAAAUUAGCGGCGUUUUGAAAGUGACAGAUGAAGAAGAGAUCGACGCCUUGGCAAUGGAAUUAGCGAGAUUGUGCCACGUCAACAAGGGGCGGGCCUAA